CCGAGGCCAAGUAAUUGAUGUCCCUCCUCCGAGUGGUUGCUCGUCAUGCAGCACGUCCUUGUACGCGUGCAUUUGCUUCCGAAUCAUCCUCAUCGUUUCCGCCAGCAACUGGUGUGUAUCAAGUGUUCGACCGGGCCGCUAAGAGGAAGCAGAGAGAUCGGGCAGUAAGCAGAGAUGCAGGUGUAGGGAGCAGGACUGUAGACUACGUCCGGGAUGAAGUUGCAGACCGAAUGAUGGAGAGACUACUGGAUAUCAAACGCAAAUUCGAUACCAUUGUGGACCUUGGCUCAGGGCCUGGUCACUUUUCCAAGCUCCUCGAUCCCGAAAAAACGCGCAAAGUACUCAUGAUAGAUUCUAGCGAGACCACGCUCAACCGAGAUCCGGACGAAGAAUUCGAAGUUGAGGUAGAGCGUGCACAUGCAGAUGAAGAGAAUCUCCUUGAUGUUCUUCCUCGCAACUCUCAAGAGGCCAUUGUGUCUUGCCUCAGCCUCCACUGGGUGAACGACCUACCAGGCGUGCUUGUACAAAUAAAGGAAGCCCUGAAACCUGAUGGGCUCUUUUUAGGCGCUAUGUUUGGCGGGGACACCUUGUUUGAGCUCCGGACUGCCCUUCAGCUUGCGGAAGUAGAUCGCGAGGGCGGCAUCUCGCCACAUAUUUCGCCCAUGACAGACACUAAAGAUAUCUCGAACCUUCUCUCUCGUGCGGGAUUCACUCUACUCACUGUAGAUAUCGAUGAAGUACGCGUUGGGUACCCGAGCAUGUGGGAGCUUCUCGAAGAUCUGCGCGACAUGGGUGAGAACAAUGCUGUUGUUGGACGGCGACACUUUUUGCACAGGGAUACGUUGGCUGCUGCCUCAGCUAUUUAUAAAGAACUACACGGAAAUGAAGACGGCUCCGUUCCAGCGACAUUCCAGAUUAUCUACAUGAUUGGCUGGAAGCCUUCGCCCAAUCAACUUAAGCCCCUCGAACGUGGAUCAGCCCAGACCAAUCUCAAAGAUGUGCUCUAGUUUCUCGCGCUAUCGUUUUUAGGCUAGAAUCUUAUUCUAGCUUCGAACUAUUGCUAUAUACUCGACAUCAGAUCUCGACUAUCGACUAUCGAAUUUGACUUUCACUUGCUAAGAAUUACUGAAAUCCUACAAUCCCGACUGUAACGUGGUAUGCAACCUAUGAAAAACAAGAAAGCAAAUGAUAGCAUCAUCUCGGUCUAAUAACCGUAUCUCAUCC